UUUCAAUAUGGCACAGCGUAAAUUAUUGACAGAAGUGGAUAGGACGCUAAAGAAAGUAUCAGAAGGUGUUGAACUCUUUGAGAGUAUGUAUGAGAAGUUACAGACGUCAAACAACCAAACGCAGAAGGAGAAGCUUGAAGUUGAUUUGAAGACGCAGAUCAAAAAGCUUCAGCGAAUGCGUGACUCUAUCAAGACCUGGAUAAGCUCAAGUGAUAUCAAAGAUAAAUCUGAAUUGAUGUCGUCUAGGAAGCUAAUAGAAACUCAAAUGGAACGUUUCAAAGCUUGCGAGAAGGAAAUAAAAACAAAGGCAUUCUCCAAAGAAGGUCUAAUAGCAGCUACUCGUCUCGAUCCAAAAGAUCAAAUAAAGCAGGAAUGUUCGAAUUGGCUGGGACACUUCGUCGAUGAAUUGAGUCGGCAGAUCGAAACAGCAGAAGCAGAAAUCGAGCAGCUCUCAGGUGCGACAUCUAAGAGGAGUAAAAAAUCAAACGCUACGCAAGAGAGAGUCUCAGAGUUAGAGCAGCUAAACGAACGUCGAAAUUGGCACAUAUCUAGGCUAGAAUUGACGAUGAGAUUGCUUGAGAAUGAUCAGUUAAGUGUUGAUCAGAUAAACAACAUUAAAGAUGAUAUUCAGUACUUUGUCGAAAGUAAUGGUGAGGAAGAGUUUGAAGAGGAUGAAGGAAUCUACGACGAGCUCAACCUUGAUGAGGAGGAGCAGAUGUAUGGUAUGGGUACAGCGAAUGCUCAACCUAACGAUGAGCAAGCUUCUUCUCAUGAUUCAAUAUCUGUCACAGAUGAGCCAGUACAGCCGCCAAGCAAGCCAUCAAAGAAGUCAUCAAUUGAUGAGGAUAGUCUGACGCCAAAGAAAACAAAGAAGCCUUCAAUCACUUCUCCCGACAGCAGUAAUAAUGGUGCAAUUCCAGCACCAAAUUUCAACCAACCCCCAGUUGCAAAAUCUACUGCUUCUCCCGCUGCUCAACAGGCAAAACCAGUUCCUGCUCCACCUACAAUCAAGUAUGCAACAGCUGCUGCUAAUGCAGUAGCUAACACAGCAUCAUCAGCACCAGUUGAUGACGAACAUAUUGAAGAACAACCAAGAGAAUCACAGGAUCAACUAGAGAGCGUGGAAGUUGAUGGAAGCCAGCAAGAAGAUGGUCAAUCAAUCCCACCAACUCAAGUUCAAAGGUCAGAAUCUGAAGAACAAUCACAAACAUCUACAGCAUCUGCAAAGGGAUUACCAUACGUAUUAUCAGAUUUAGCAGCUUCAUUCGAGAAUGCCAAGCAGAAAUCGAGAAGUAAUAGCCCUAACAGACUUCAUCAAGCGCUUGAAUCGACCAUGUCUGGAGUACCUGAACCAUCUGACGCAGAUCGUCCUCGUUAUUACGUACCAAAGAAUUUGUGGACUUCACCUUCUUAUUAUCCACAAGUACCUAAGAAGGACCUUGAGCAUUCGAAUUUGUUUUCAAGAUUGGAAACAGAUACGCUCUUCUAUAUCUUCUACUACAUGCAAGGCACUUACCAACAAUACCUCGCUGCACGUGAAUUGAAAAAACAGAGUUGGAGAUUUCACAAGCAAUAUUUGACCUGGUUCCAACGACACUCGGAGCCUAAUCAAAUAACAGAUGAUUAUGAACAAGGUGCAUAUAUUUAUUUUGAUUGGGAAGGUACCUGGUGCGAGCGCAAGAAGAACGACUUCAAGUUCGACUAUGUCUAUUUGGAAGAUACGCUCCAGUGAUUGUUCAUGGCACUUUCUUGUUCAUUUACAUUACAUUACAAUUGUAAUUAAAUUAAGAUUUAUUUCUUUAACUU